GAAAGUCUCUGUGAGAAAGAAAUUAAAAAAAAAAAGUUGAGGCGCUAGGGUUUAAGCACUCACUUGUGGCUAGGUUACAGUCGACUUAAACCUCUACAACUUACUCGUUUUCUUCUGCCAUUAACAAACACCAUGCCUCCAGUCUUAUGAAACCUGUAGCACCCCUUCGAUUCAUGUGAACAAUAUUCGAAUUUAAGAUGAUGAUCGGUCACAGCCGUUCGUUCUCCAGGUACGUUUUCAACAAUCUCCGAUCAAUUUCCACACAUAAUCAUAGAUUUCAUGCUACAAUUAGAACACCAAACCCUAGUUUUCAUAUUAGGAGUUAUUGUAACAACAAUCAAUGGACAGAAGAAGAGAUACAAUAUUUAGAUGAAUCAGGUAGUGUUAUUUACACCGGAAAAGGUGUAAGAUCGGUCGAGCCUCGGGUGGAUGAUCACGUAAUGGUAGGCGGUUUAAAACACCCGUUUUCGAAUGCUUCCGCUGUUGCUAAAAUUGUUGAGAUUGUUAAGAGGUGGAAAUGGGGUCCUGAGAUGGAAACUCACUUGGAUAAGCUUCAGUUUGUUCCCAACAUGACUCAUAUCACGCAAGCGUUCAAGGUUACCGAUGCGUCUUUGUCUUUGAGUUUGUUUAAGUGGGCGAAGCGGCAGUCGUGGUAUUCGCCUAGCGACGAGUGUUAUCUCGCGUUGAUUGAUAGGUUGAACCAGAGUAGGGAUUUUGACGGGAUUCAGUCGGUGUUUGAUGAUCUUGUUCUUGAUUCGGACGAUAAAACAACGAUGGUUCCUGAUUUCGCUGCGUUUAGUAGAGUUGUUCAGUGUCUUGCAAAAGCUGAAAAGUUGGAAGUUUCGUUUUGUUGUUUUAAGAAGAUUAAGGAAGCUGGCUGUAAAGUCGACACGAAAACGUACAACUCGCUUAUAACUUUGUUUUUGGACAAGGGCUUACCGUUUAAAGCGUUUGAGAUAUACGAAAACAUGCAAGGAUCGGGAUGCUCUUUAGAUUUAGCAACCUAUGAGUUGAUGAUACCAAACCUAGCCCGAUCGGGCCGGAUUGAUGCAGCGUUGAAGCUUUUUCAACAAAUGAAAGAGAACAACUUGAAACCAGGGUUUACAAUCUUUGCAGCAUUAGUUGAUUCAUUGGGGAAAGCUGGUAGAUUGGAUACAUCGAUGAAAAUUUACAUGGAAAUGCAAGGAUUCGGGCUUAAACCGUCCGCACCCAUGUUUGUUUCUUUGAUUGAGUCGUAUGUGAAAGCUGGAAAGCUAGACACAGCUAUAAGGAUUUGGGAUGAAAUGAAGAAAGCCCGAUUUAGACCUAAUUACGGGCUCUACACCAUGGUUGUCGAGGCCCAUGCGAAAUCAGGAAAACUCGAGACGGCAAUGUCUAUAUUCUCUGAUAUGGAAAAGGCCGGUUUUUUACCAACCCCGAGCACCUAUUCUUGCUUGUUAGAGAUGCACGCAGGUUCUGGUCAAGUUGAUGCAGCUAUGAAACUUUACAACUCAAUGAGCAACGCAGGUGUAAGACCGGGUUUGACCACUUACACUGCUCUACUAACGCUUUUAGCGAAAAAGAAACUCGUAGACAUUGCUGCAAAGAUUCUUCUGGAAAUGAAAUCAAUGGGAUAUUCUGUAGACGUGACUGCUAGUGAUGUUUUAAUGGUUUUCAUUAAAGAUGCAUCUGUUGAUCUUGCUUUAAGAUGGCUUAGAUUCAUGGGUUCAUCAGGGAUUAGAACAAACAACUUUAUAAUAAGGCAGUUAUUUGAGUCGUGCAUGAAAAGCGGGCUAUAUGACUCUGCAAAACCGCUUCUUGAAAAUUAUGUUGACUCAGCGGCUAAAGUUGACCUCAUACUCUACACAUCGAUUCUAGCCCAUCUGGUGAGAUGUCAAGAAGAACAAAACGAACGGCAUUUGAUGUCAAUCUUGAGUGCUACUAAACAUAAAGCACACGACUUUAUGUGUGGGCUUUUCACGGGCCCGGAACAAAGGAAACAGCCCGUGUUAGCCUUUGUUCGGGAGUUUUUUCAGAAUAUUGAUUAUGAAUCGGAAGAAGGAGCAGCACGGUACUUUGUUAAUGUGCUUUUAAACUAUCUUGUUCUAAUGGGUCAGAUUAAUCGGGCCCGUUGCGUGUGGAAAGUUUCAUAUGAAAACAAGCUUUUCCCGAAAGCAAUUGUGUUUGAUCAACACAUUGCUUGGUCACUCGAUGUGAGAAACUUAUCGGUUGGUGCAGCCUUAAUCGCAGUGGUGCAUACGCUUCAUAGGUUCAGGAAACGGAUGUUGUAUUAUGGCGUGGUUCCUAGACGGAUUAAGUUGGUGACAGGGCCCACGUUAAAGAUCGUUGUUGCGCAAAUGCUAGACUCGGUUGAGUCACCAUUCGAGGUGAGUAAGGUGGUUUUAAGGGCACCUGGGGACUCUGUAUCAGAAUGGUUUAAGAAGCCCAUUGUUCAGCAGUUUCUUUUGAAUGACAUACCAUCAAGAAGUGAUAUUCUGAUGCAUAAGCUUAAUAUACUUUUUCCCAGUUCUGCCCCUGAACUUAGGUCAUUGAAUCCACCCAAACCCCUUGUUUCUGGAAGGGUAAUGUAGUAAUAAUGGUAUGGUUAUAAUAGACUUUAAUCUUUUUCUUUUACUGUUUUUAGAUCUAUCAUAUGUAAUUAUGUAUUCCCAUUAGCAUUUAAUCUGUCUUCGAAUUAGUGAUCGAUUUGUUAUACACUCUAUUAUUAAUGUCAAUGCAGACUUCAAUUUUACUGCUUA